ACGCUUCGUGGGGGAGGGGGCGGUCAUACAACCUCGACUGUGAUUUAUUACAGUACGGAGUUUAAAACGAGAAAACGAGUAUUACUAGUCUGUGAGUGUGCAUCAGUGGGAGAGGAGUACAAAAGGAAAAUAAUAUCUUGAAGACCCUUUUGUAAAAUAAUCAUUACACAGUGUAAAGAGGUUUUGUCUAGUGAGUCAGUUUUUCCAUUAUCUCUGUGGUGACUAACCAAACCUACAAUAACCUAUCACCUAUUUAAUUGUGUAUAAAUAUAUAGAUAGGAGCUUUUAAAAGGCCUGUUUAACAAACACAUAUACGUGACGUCAAAUGGCGACGACGCAGCAGAAACGAUAAAACCUCUCCUGUGAGUUGAAUUCUCUAGUUCUCGUGGCUCGGCAACUCUAAUGUAAGGCUUAUAUAAUUUUCCAAAGCACUCAAAUACAACGGGAAAUAACGAAACCGACAUAAGUUUAAUCAUUUCGUGAACAUUCGUAGCCAUGAUCAUGUGAUUGAGUGAUAAAAGCCAAAAAUAACCACUAAAUUAUUAGAAAGAAUAAAAAACAGUGUUUGGAAGUUGAUAAAGUGAAAAUAGUCAUUAAAAUGUUUCAUCACGAGUAUGAGAAGAGGCUAUUAAAGCCAACUAAUGAGUCUACGAAUUUAUUUUCACGCCAGAAUACCAUGGGAACGAUAUCACCAUCAUAUUUAAGCCCCUCAAAGUCAUCAAAUACAAGUUUCGAUCGAUUUAUUCCCCUCAGAUCAGGAAACAACUGGCAUACAACAUUUUCAAUGAUUUCAGAGAAUCGAGGGGGCCUCGUGGCUAAGAAAACACGUGAAAAUGGGGAAGGCAGUCGUGAUGGAAUAGCAUAUUCAAGUUUAUUAAAAAAUGAAUUACUUGGUGCAAGUAUUGAAGAUGUUAAAAGUCAAUCAGAAGAACGUGGAAUAAAUAAUGUACUUCAAGGAAAAAAUUUAUUUAAAUAUGCAACACCAACUAAAGAUCGGACAUUAUUAGAUCAGAGUUCACCCUAUUCAUUAUCACCAUUAAGUGCAAAAAGUCAAAAGUUAUUAAGAUCACCACGAAAAACAACUAGAAAAAUAUCACGAAUUCCAUUUAAAGUUUUAGAUGCACCUGAAUUACAAGAUGAUUUUUAUCUAAACCUUGUGGAUUGGUCAUCACAGAAUGUGUUAAGUGUUGGUUUAGGUAGUUGUGUGUACCUAUGGAGUGCUUGUACAAGUCAAGUAACACGACUUUGUGAUCUUUCUGGUGAUGCGAAUUCAGUAACUUCAGUUGCAUGGAACGAAAGGGGUAAUUUAGUAGCAGUCGGCACCCACGUUGGUUAUAUUCAAGUGUGGGACGUGGCAGUGAAUAAGCAAGUAGCUAAACUUCAAGGCCAUAAUGCGAGAGUUGGUGCGUUGGCUUGGAACGGUGAGGUACUGAGCUCUGGAAGCCGGGAUCGACUGAUUCUCCAGCGUGAUGUUAGAACGCCUUGCGUUGUUGGUGAAAGAAGACUUGGUGCACAUCGGCAAGAAGUUUGUGGACUUAAAUGGUCACCGGAUAAUCAAUAUCUUGCUUCGGGUGGAAAUGAUAAUAGACUUUAUGUUUGGAAUUUACACUCUUUAGCUCCUGUUCAAACUUAUACUGAACAUUUAGCAGCUGUUAAAGCUAUUGCUUGGUCACCACAUCAUCAUGGAUUAUUAGCCUCUGGUGGUGGUACUGCUGAUAGAUGUAUCAGGUUCUGGAAUACACUUACUGGUCAACCAAUGCAAUGUGUUGAUACUGGAUCUCAAGUAUGUAAUUUAGCUUGGAGCAAACACAGUUCUGAGCUCGUUAGCACCCAUGGGUAUUCUCAGAAUCAGAUAUUGGUUUGGAAAUAUCCAAGUUUAACUCAAGUAGCUAAAUUGACCGGACAUUCCUAUCGGGUUCUGUACCUGGCCAUGUCACCUGAUGGUGAAGCUAUCGUUACUGGAGCUGGUGAUGAAACAUUACGUUUUUGGAAUGUUUUUAGUAAAGCUAGAAGUCAAAAAGAAAAUAAAAGUGGUCUCAAUUUAUUUACUAGUAUUCGGUAAACAAAAUUUUUCUUCGAAAGUUUAUUAUUUUUCUUUUUAUAUUUCAAUCAUUUUGAAAUAACCAUGUGGUAAAUUCUGAAUAUUUUUCUGCGAUCAAUAUGUAGAAAAACUUUUUUUCCAUUUUGUAAGAUUAUACAAUUGUGAAUGUAUAUAUACAUAUUAUUUUAUGAUAGCUAUUUUUUUUUGUAGGAUAUUUUUUUCUUUUGAGUAAAAUGUGGGUGUAGAAGUAUGAAAGUAUAGAGCACAGUCAGUAAGAAGAAAAUUUAA